AUGGCGGCCAACGCCGUCCCGGACACGCAACUGGGCCUCAGCGCCGAAGAAAUCCAGCUGCUGCGUCAGGGCCAGGCAGCGUUGGGCGGCGGCGGCGGAUCGACGAGCUCUCGAGCAGCCAGCCGCGCCAGCAGCCAGGGACUGCUGCUCCUCGACAGCUCUUCUUUGACGGCAUUGGGACGAUAUUUUGAUCGACUGAUGGCUGGCAUCGAACACAACAUUCGCUACCUCAGUGAGCAGGCGCAAAUGUUCACGCAAGUGCAGUACGACCGCGCCGGCAACAUCAUCGACGGCGCCGACGCCGAAAUCGCGCGCUACACAGAGAUUCUGCGUCAGCUUGACGAACUCGAGGUCGAUUUUGACAGAAUAUCCCACAUCAAGGACAUUGUCAAGGGAUAUCGGCAACGAGUCGAACACAUGGAGCGAGAACUGGAGACGAGUGGCUCGUCAGGUCGACAACACAAACACUCAUCACAUCGACCUGGUCAUUCGCACUCGCAUCGUCAUGGUUCCUCACACAAGCACAAGCAUUGA